AUGUAUGUGAAAUGGUUUGAUACAGUAAUGUUAUACUAUGUGAUUUUAGUGAAUUUAGUGAAUGUCACUUUUUGUCAUUUUCAAAUUUCCCGCCAUUCUGUCCCCGUAUGUCCUGAUGCUCGCAAGGCAUGGAACCCAGAUGACAGAUGCCGGCAUCCACCGGAAGACAUUGCCGGGGACACUGCAGGAGGGACAUCGCGGGAGCGCAGGACAAGCUAAGUGAAGAACAGAUCCCGGAGCAGCGCCGUAUGGUAAGCCCAAGUGUAGCUCGGGGUUACCGCUUGUGCUACACUCGGGAAUACCACCAGGGAGGUUA